GUCUCCAUCACAACCAUUAAUUGAGAAGUGUUUUGACAGGACAUCGGGCACUUUGUGUACUAUGUGCCCGGUGCCCGACGAUUUUCCCGUGUAAUCAAAUGAACGGCCGUUCAUCUUUCGACAAAGGCUGUCGGGAUUACUGAGAGGCAUAAGAGCCAGAACAUGCCGCACGACUCGACCAGCAAACCAAGCAAAACCAAGGGAAUAAAGAACCUUGCUCGCGUUCUCAGUGACAAGGACUCCGACCUACCGUCUCCUUACGCCAAGAAUGACGACGGCGAAUCCGUGCUGCCAUCGGCAUUCAGAGGCCGCCUGUACGAGCUGUUCGGCCAGAUCGAGAAAGAGUUCGAGUCGCUGUACGCCGAGAAUCUCGCACUGAAGGAGAAGGUGGAGACGCUGAGCGAGCAGCUGGGCGCCUGUUCCCUGCUGCCGGCCAGCGGCGCCCACGAGCUGACCGUCGACGCGCAUGUGGCCGGCGAGCACGCCUCCACCGCCGUCGCGGGGGCCAAGGCCACGGCCAAGGCCAAGAGGGAGUCCAUGACCGCAAGCCAGCUCUCACAAAAAAUAAAGAGCACGUACAAGUUGAAGGCUUCCACCAGUCGCAUCGUCUCGAGCUUCAAGACGUCCACCUUAAGCUGUCAGCUGGCUGUGAGUUACUUUGGCCAUCGUGACGGAGUCUGGGAGGUCAGCACGUCACGCUCGGGCCUAUUGGUCAUUGCAACAGCAUCGGCAGACCAUACUGCUCGGCUUUGGGACAUUCAGACGGGUCAGUGCAUUGUGCAGUAUGCGGGACACGAGGGUUCGGUGAACUCUGUGCGCUUCCAUCCGACUCAAGAUCUUCUCGUGACAGCCUCGGGGGACCAGAGCGCCCACAUCUGGAGGGCUGCCACAUCUGCAGCGGCGGCAUUAGAUUUGGUGAAAGGACAUUCAUCAGAAGACGAGGUUGACCUUUCGGAGAAAGAAGAUGAUAUUGACUCUGCAAGCAACGUUCUUGUGAUGAAAAGCCCCCUGACCGAGCUCACGGGCCAUAGCAGUGUUGUGAUAGCAUCCGACUGGCUGUCGGGUGGGGACCAGGUGAUCACUGCAUCCUGGGACCGCACAGCCAACGUCUACGACGUUGAGAAGGGAGAGCUUGUCAUUCAGCUCGUUGGCCAUGACCAAGAACUCACCCAUACCAGCGCGCAUCCGACGCAACGUCUGGUGGUGACGUCCUCUAAGGACACGACAUUUCGGCUGUGGGACUUCCGAGAACCCAUACACUCGGUCAGCGUGUUUCAGGGACACACAGAGGCUGUCACCUCUGCUGCAUUUGCAUCAGGAGACAAAGUUGUGUCGGGAAGCGAUGACCGCACAGUUAAAAUAUGGGACUUGAAGAACAUGCGGUCGCCUCUGACUACAAUCAGGCUGGACUCGCCUGUUAACAGGCUUGCCAUCUCCACCCAGAAUGUCAUAGCCAUUCCGCAUGACAACAGACAGGUCAGGCUGUACGACAUGUCUGGUGUUCGUCUCGCAAGGCUACCCCGCAACAGCAGACAGGGCCACCGCCGCAUGGUGUGCGCCGCCGCCUGGCUCGACACUGACCAGGCCAAUGUCAAGGCGAAUCUCUUCACGUGCGGCUUUGAUCGCAACACUCUGGGCUGGAACGUUGGUGUACCUUCUAAGGAGGAGUGCAAGGCCAGCCUUCUGAAGGCCAACUGAGCGCGUCACGGGGAACUCGUUGAAGGCUCUCCAAAUAUCUUUUAUUUUCUCGCUUCGUUUUCCGGCACGUGGGCCAGCAUGGAAUAAUGUUAGAAUGUGCAACGAAGUGUGACGAAAACGAGGCCACCGAUCGGGAGUAGUAGCAGUAAACAUAUCAGGUGCAGGAUGUCUGCAUAGCAGGCGGCAGGAACAAUGUUAAUUUAGUCUGCGUGAUCGGCAACGCGCUUCAUGUUAGUCGAACGUAACAUUAAGAGAAAUGCUGUUUUUUCUUUUCUAGUUCUUUCCUCAUGCAAAAAUACUUAACGAUGUGCCGUAGUAAACCACUGCAGAGCUACGAUAUAUUCAGGGCGUUUUGUGAAGGUCCUCUGAUUUGACUAUAAAGAUGCUUUGUUGUUGGCGUGAACUUAGUUGAGUCCAGUUGCGAAACGGGAAUAGCCCAAUCGUAAAACAAAAAAUAGAAUGGCAAGCAAAGUUCAUGCACAAAAGACUUGUGACGUACUGUGGUGCCCCUCCGAUGACGAGUCUGUGAUUUGGACUUCAAAGUGUCACGAGCUUAGACGCAGUUGGCCGGAAGCCAAGUGCAGGAAAUGUUUAGGACAGUCAGUGUUUUCCAUUCUUUUUUUUCUUGAGUAGUUAAAGAAACAGUGUAUACGAGGAAAAAAAAAAAGUGAGCUGUUGCAAUAAUACUAAUACUUAUCCACUCAUUUCAGUAGUGAUAGCAGUUUCAGGUGUUAUGACAACGGCGCACCCAUUUUUGUGCGCAGAUUACCAAAGGAGAGUUUAUCGAGUUAUUUGUGGUCACCUUUGAUUUUGUAGGCAUCUGUUUCGUCUGUACAGUUGAUUUUAUAGUUGCGUCUUGUUUGGUUUAUAAAAAGUUCACGCCGAGGUUGUGUGGAUAUUGACUGUAAGACGUUAUUUGUCAGCUGGCUGCCUCUAUAGCAGUACACUGGUCUGAUAGUUACUAGCAUUACAAGCCAUGACAGAGUGCAAUCAUUUCCACUCUUACAUGAUGCAUUUCAGUACAUAAUAAUAGUUCCCCGACAGUGUAAGUGUUUGUUUUAAACAACAGAGACAAUAAUUUCUUGUGAACUACAAAGCAUGCAUUUCCUCAUGCAACGGACAAUUGUGUAUUCGCAUUUUCAAAACCUCUGUCUGCCACUUUGCAGGCUGGAUGUUUCUUCUUGUUACACCAUCAGCGAGUCGUUAUAUUGUUCCCUUGCCUUCAGUUGAUAUGUAUUGCUAAUGUGUGUUCACUUGAAAAUGUACUGUCUGGAUGUAAAGUAAAAAGUUGGGCGA